AUGACCGCCCAAUUGGUGGCAUCCGAGCUUGCCAACCUCAUCCAGGAAAGCAAGCGCAAAAAUAAUGACUUGCGCCAGGCUGCUGAAAAGUCUCUGGAGGAGCUCAAGAGUCUAAAAGUGACAUCUGAAGCCCAAAUAUCUGCUGAACUCUCUCAACGAUCCAACUUUGUUAACCCAUUUAUCAUCGCUUGCGGCACCAAAAAUGUCAAGUUCACCGGAAUUGCCAUUGUUUGUCUUCAGCGGCUCAUUGCAUCACGCGCCCUACCCAGGUUCAAGCUGAGCCAGGUUCUUGAAGCAUUGCAACAGGCCACGUCAGCGGGACUAGAUGUCCAACUAAAGAUCCUCCAAGCUCUUCCGUCUUUACUCUCCAACUACGCCGCCGAGGUGAAAGGCGAGCUUCUGGUUACCGCCCUCAACAUAUGCUUCAUCUUGCAGUCUAGUAAAAAUGCUAUUGUCAACAAUGCUUCGGCGGCAACCCUCCAGCAGCUUGUGGUGUCGGUCUUUGACAAAGUUGUAGCUGAAGAUGGCGCUGGGGGCGAUGUCGAAUAUGUUGGGGAGGCUCCGUCUCAGCAAGGGCCGGUACCAGUCCAGGCUGCGGCUAUGGAUGCAUACAGGUAUCUCCGGUUCUCUGGCAUGCCCCAGACGUUCGGUCUUGAACUCAUAGAAUCGGUCUUGACCAACCACGCUGCCAUCUUCACCACUCACCCAGAGCAGGCCGAUAUUUUACGCACUCGGGUUAUGCCCUUCAUCAUUAGUGCUCUUCGCGGUAAACCGAACUUUGCAACCAGUGUCCGUCUUGUCCGCAUUUUGUUCACUUUACUCCGACGUCACCUUACUAUUCUCCCCUCUGAGAGCGGAGAUGCACUCGACAUCCUGACCCAACUGCUGGACCAGGACACUGCAUUGUGGAAGAGGUCACUCUGCAUGGAAGUAUUCAGAGGCAUCUUCGCCGAUCAUGCCUUGCUCCGGCGUGUUUUCAUGCUUUACGAUGCCAAAGAGGGCGAGAAGAACAUUCUCAAAAACCUGACGGCUGCGUUUGUGCGCGUCAGUACAGAGAAGCCAACUGUGAUUGGUCUCGGGCUCCAAUCCACAUUACCAGUCGCCAACCCAUAUGCAAAUGCCGUUGCUUCUACGGACCAGGCCAUGCUGGAGGCCAGUGGCGUUACAGGCAUCAUAUCUGGUUCCGUCAGCUCAGAUGGCCAUAACACGGGCAUCAGCACUCACUGGAGCACCAUGCGCUCUCCUUGCAUAGAUCAGCUUGAUAAGACGGAUCCCCCAAGUAUCCCAGAGUCAUAUGUGUAUAGCCUAACCUUGGCCUGCAUAACUUCCCUGUCAGAAGGUCUGGCAAAGUUCAUACUCCCUCUUACCGUGCCUACCGAGGGACGAAGGAAAAAGAGUGUGAAGCCAGAGGGCGGCCGUGACUCGCCUGCUCUGACCGCCGAUGAGAGACCCAGUACACCCAGUGAAGGGUUGAAGAAUCGGGAGAGAUCAGCGUCGUCCAAGCGAAACCCACUUCCAGUCAAUCCGCUAACGCUGGAGACUCACCCUUUAUACCCAGAAAUCAAAGUAUGCGCCGCUUUCAUCGAUGAAUGCUGGCCGGCGAUUCUUGCUACAUGUUCUACGUUCCUAUACUCUGCACUGGACUCGGAGUACUACCAUGGCCUGGUUAGGGCCUUUCAGAAGUUCGCCCAUGUGGCCGGAUUGCUCCAGCUCACUACUCCCCGUGAUGCCUUUCUCACCACGCUUGGUAAAGCGGCAGUGCCGCCCAAUGUCUUUACGGCUUGCCUCAAUUCCAACUCAUCCAGGAGGGACACUCCACUAUCAGCAACUUCGGAGACAGGCAGCAGCUUGUUUAGCAACGCUCGCGGCUUGCUUACCACAGAAAGCGCCUCGGCCCAGGCAGCAGAAAAGCAAAGGCAGCAAUCGAUGGACAUAACUCCAGCUACACUUAACACCCGGAACUUGUUGUGUCUUCGGGCUCUUCUGAACCUUGGCAUUGCUCUGGGUCCUACGUUGUCUUCAACUUGGAGAAUUCUCUUGGAGACUUUGCAACAAGCUGACUUUGUCUUGUUUACAUCGGGCAAAGCUGCAGGAAGAACACCUCUGGCGACCAGGGGCCCAGAUCAACAAGCCGAGCAGGAAGCCAACGUACUAUUGUCGAAUUUCAACACCGAGAUUCGCGCAGUAGAGACUGCUGCUUCCCGACUUUUCGAGAGCACGGCUGACUUUCCCAAUUCUGCCUUUGUGGAAAUUGUGGAGGCAGUGUGCGCUCUUCUCGUCAAGCAUGUCGAGACUACUUCUGAGACCACGGGGCAAGCGCAACUAUCACCUCCCCCGGGGCCCCUUCGCACCCCCACUUUUACACACAAAAGGGUUCUCAGUAUCACAACUUCUCCGGGAGCAGGUGCCAACCAGGAAGAUCAGUUUGCCCUUGCCAAGCUGGGAGAUCUUGCUUCUAUCAACAUGGAGCGGUUGCUCUCCUAUCCUCCGGAGGUAUCGGGCUGGACGCCGUUGAUUACCGAGCUUAUCGACACACUUAGUUCCUCUACUAAUACUCCUCCGGUCAGAGCGCGCGCUGCUGAAACGCUUGUGCGUAUUCUUCUAGAGGCUGCUGGAUCUAUUGCAACUCAGCAGGAAGACGUUCGUGGCCCGAUUCAGAUCCGUAUCCUCGAGGCUUUCCAUAAUUCGCUAUCAUCUCUUCGAGUCGAAGGUCGGGAGGUGUCCCUUAGCAAUCACGCCACCGACAUGGACAUUCACCGAAUUGUACUCGAAGGCCUCAAAGGCCUGCUUGAGAACUGCGGCGAGAGUCUUGUUCAAGGCUGGGAUACCAUCUUCGCCAUUAUCGAUACAAUUUUCGUCAAAGAAGAUCUCCCAAAAGACUCUUCAUCCACCACGACACCCCGACUUAUGACGCGCUCAGUCAAACUAAUCCGACCUUCCUUUGCUUCUUUGCAGCUAAUAUGCUCCGACUUCUUACCCUCGCUACCUAACCUUUGCUUUCUUAACCUUGUUGACACCCUAUACAAGUUUUGUACGCAAGAUGAUGACCUCAAUGUCGCAUUGACUACUGUCACGUUCUUCUGGGCCAUCUCAGACUUUCUUUCUAGCAAUAGCAAGAGCAUGUCUCUCACGCAGGACAUGGUUAAUGACUCGGGUGAUGAAGCGCUUCUCAAGCUGGCUGCUGAUCCCUCCCAUCAAGAUUCUGGAGGGGCGCUGUGGAUGCUCCUUCUCCUGAGACUCACUUCAGUCGCCACAGAUCAGAGACUAGAGCUGAGAAAUAGUGCCGUCCAAACUCUGCUUCGGAUCAUAUCUGCUUACGGGGAUAGCCUGAGUCCUGAGGCCUGGUUGAUCUGCAUCAGAUCUGUGAUUCUGAGGCUUCUGGCAUCGAUAGAGGACGAGCUUCGGGCAGUUCACACGUCUCCAGCCAAAGCAAGAGACCAAGAGGGCUGGACAGACACGGCUAACGUCAUCAUCCGAGGCGUUUCUGGACUGUUUUCUUCUUACCUCCAGGUACUUUUGGGUCAUGAGGACUUCGCCACCACCUGGCAGCAGCUUCUCGGACACUUUGCGAGAAUGCUGGACGUCCAGAUACUCGACAUUAAUGCAUCCGUCUACAGCGCUGUUCGCGAAAUUCUCAGGAGCUGUGCUGAGCAUGUUCAGCCAAGACUUGGCAAGGGCAGCUUGGAUUUAACGUGGGAUCUCUGGUCCAGGGGAAUUCCAGUUCCUGAGGACGGAAAGGACGAUAAGUCAGCGGACAAUCAAAAGUGCCUUUUGGUUUGGGUUGAAGCACUGCUAGAACUCUAUGGCCUCAUUAAAGAUGAUUUUGGCGUGGAGAGGAUUAGACGGAUGCUUACCCUGCUCAGAGACGCCAUGCAACAUGCCACUCCCGGAGCAUACGCCAGCGACACCGAGUAUGUCACACCCUUGCAAGGUCGGAUCCUCCAGGUAUUCUGCACAGUCCAGACAGACGUACCAAGAGUUCCAUCCGCCAUGAUCACCCAGAUAGCUGAGUUCGUCUCCCUGGCAUUUGCCCAGGAGAACCCCGACAAGGCGGCGUCAGAAAAGCGCACAUUCGUUGCCAUGUCAAAGGAGAGCAUGUCUAUUUUGCAGUCCCUCGUCAUCAAGCAUGCAGCCGAGACUGACAUCUACGAAACCGGAGCGUUCGCCGCGGCGCUCGCAGCCCUGGCCAAACCCAUUAUCCUCAAGUACAAGUUCAAGAUCGUUACCAAGUCAUCACAGCCGUGGAGAGAAGCGACAAAGACAGUCCUAGCUGUGCUCAAGGCAACACUUCCCCACAUCCGCGCGAUAGAUAAAGCUCGAUCGACCGUCCAGGAGAUAUGGCAGAUCAUCGUAUCCAUCGCCAACGGGAUCAUCAGCGCCGACUGCUCCAUCGCGCCCAGCGGCACGGACAUCAUGGACGACCAGAAGUUCGACAUCUCCUCAUUCCACAAGCUAAGGGAGCUCAUCAUCCCGGCUCUCGGCGCCGAGGUGAUUCUUGAUAAGACCAGGAAAGUCUACGCCGAAGGUCUCUUCCGGACAUCCAUCAUCCACGCUCCCGCACCCGCCGAAGCUCUGAUCAUCUACGGCUCUGAGGACCAUCACCACGACAACACCACCAACGGCAAUCCCAACGGAAACGGAAGUGACGCAGUCGUAGACCUCGACCUCCUCUACAAACAACGACGCGGCCGCACCAUCGACCCCCCGCCAACCCACCGCAGCGCAAUGGCAGAAGUUUGUCUCGACGAACUCUUUGCUUUGGUCGCCAUCCACGAGGAGGAGGACGAGUCUCCUCCCUCCAAACCCACCUCUACCUCAUCCCCCACUCAAGAACCCAUCGGUACCACCUCUUCUUCUUCUUCUUCUUCUCCCCCUGACAAAACAACCAUCCACGGAUCCACCCACCCUCUCUACGUCCACCUCGCCCUAACCGCUGCCCCCUACCUGAUCCUGCGCUGCGCGCUCUCCAUCCGUUCGUACGUCGCCGACCAGCCUUUGCGCGGCUGUAUGCCGCAACCUUUAUCGCAGCGGAAGGAACUCUAUCGUAUCUUACGGGGGCUUGUGGACUUGCGAUCGGAACCGGACGCGAUUCCGGAUACGCCGAAUGUGGAUAGCGAGACCAAGAAGCAUUUGUUAAGGUUGUAUCCGUUGCUGGUGAGCAUGGUGAAGGUGGCGGGGACGAGUGGGGAUAAUAGGGUUUUGGGUAUGGUGGGGGAGGCGUUGGAUGUGGUGGGUGGGGAGUUGGGGUGUAAGUGA